AUGGCAACACGUAUCAAGGAUGCGCUGGCCGCGCAUAACCUGACACGCGACGCACUCAAUCAGGAGGAAUCCAUCGAAACCAUCUGCACCAGCAUCUCCCGCCUCACCAUCAUCGCCAAAGGAGUUCUCGACGACGACCUGUUCGGGGGUGUGAACCUUGAGAAUAUAUCGCGUAACCCGGGGCUCAUGGCUGAGAUGUUCGAACGCUUCAAGAAAUGGGUCGAUGCCAUGGGGUUCGAUGCCCUCAAUUUUGACCACCCGCGCUUAGCCGUUGUGUCGGAGUAUGACCAGAAGUACCUCGUCAUCUCGCUGAAGAGCAUGUACCUCCACAUGAUGGACGUCGUCGAAGCGCUUAUCCUUAUUUCCCGCGGCGAGGAAGAACAGCGUGGUCCUGAGUACACUGCGCAGAUCUUCAAGGAGGAGAUCCAGCCUGCCCUGAUGAAAGCGUACGCGAUUAUUUGGAAACUCGAGGAGUUCGAAGAAAGUCUUCCCAAGCCCCCUCUCACCUCCCAAUCUGGACCCCGUCCUGAGCCCGAGAACGAGAAGGGCGUGCUUGUGCCUAAUCCAACCGCUGACCCCGAGAAGGAAGCGCGUCUUCGCUCGCUGAUCCGCGAAGCUAUCUCCGAAGUUGCCGCCAAUCUGCCGCAGGAUCGCAAGGCGUGGUUUGAAGUGGUUGACUUUGACAUGCUGCGCCCUUUCAUUUACUCGAACGGGAUGGAGUGGGUCGAGGAUUACUUCGAGAAUACGUACAAGGAUGUUCUCAAGACUGCGGUGGAGUGCUUUGGUACAGGUACAGCUGCAGCUAAGGCGACUGGUGGUGCCGGCAAUGAGUACAUUUAUCGGGGUGAUGAAAUCUCGUCGCCCGACUCCGAAUUGACCACGAUCGCGGAGACUGAGUUUGACGGCUCUGAGGAUGAGGCGGGCAACGACAUUUGCGUACCUUCCUGCAGCAAGCCAAAUGAGUCCUCGGAUGCACAGAACGCAAUUAAUGUCUCGGACGCUGCGGAAAACAACACCCAGCUCCCGAUGACCGUGCCGGAACAGAUCAACGCAAUAGUUGGCAUAUUCAGUGAGGCUAUGGCAAAAGCCCAUCUCAUUGCGCCCACAAUGCCAAACCACAUCAUCCUCAACAAUGUGGAAUACUAUCUCCGCAAUGCCCCCCGCGCCGUUCACCAGAACAACGGUAACGACGCCAUUUCUUCAGCUACUCAUGCCUCCUCGGACGACGAGUCAAACUCCGACGAUUCAAACACAGAAGACGAUGACAACGACUCGGACAAGGAGAAUCGCUCUCCCGUGGCGGAGGAGCCCGAGACCACCAUCAAUGAACAGCCCGUCCCCGAUACAGAGUCAGAUGUGCUCGCGUACCAGAUGGGCCUGUGGUCGGGGAUCAUUGAUUUUGACACCCCCCUCCGUGACCCUCAAACGGGCGCGCUCAACUUGUCCCCAGAAGCCCUUGCAGAAGUCGAGACAUUGAUGCGAUGUGAUGCCCGCUGGCUUGGUGCACGUGCCGGCGGUAGCUUCGCGGUCCCUGUGAGCUCUCAAGGCCACGAGGGCAGUGAACACGGCGCCAACGGCAUCAUCAACAAAGCCCCCGCCGAUGAAGGACAUCUCCCGACGACCCGCGGCUCGCUGGGCAAGAAUCCAGCCUUGGAUUCGCUCCUAAAGAUCCGAAACGACAUCAAGCUCAGUCUGGACGGGAUCGUCGACGAUGUCUAUCGAGUCCUCAAUCUCACUCAAGAGCUCGACAACGCUCUCGCUAUUUUCGAGGAUAGCAUUACUGAUUCAGCUCCACCUGAAGUCCAUGAUACCGUUGCUGGACCGUUCACAACUACCGCUGCCACGGUGUCCGAACCUCCCAAUGCCCACAAGUAUCAUCUCCAGGCAGCACGCGAAGCAAUCCCCCCAUCCGUAGACUCAAAUGCCGCGACUGCAUCGUCCACGACUACCGAGACUAGGUUGACCGAUGCUUCAGAUAUCCCCGAUGAGGAUGCCGAGGAAGAAAGCGAGUGCGAAGCCCUUGCCGCGUUUGUGGAGCAGUGGGACGAGCAUUCUGAGGCCCCUGACGCGAAGGAGAACGCGACUACGUAUGACGAUCUAUAUGAUGCCACUGACGACGAGUUGGGCGAGAGUACAGUUGGUGAUCUAUUUGACCUUUACGAUGCAUUGUUUGAAGAUGAGAGCACUGGCGACGAGGCCGAGACCUCCGGCACUCUCGUGAACUCAACCAGCGCCGACGAAGACGAGGCCUCAACUUCAGUGACCCUGGUGAACGAGUCCACAGGCACCGAACGCACUGACUCUCCCGAGGAGUACGUUAUUGUCGAAGACGGGAUGGAGCUGGAGCUUCCGAAUGGCGUCCGCCCUGGCGAUGAAUUCCCUCCUGGAUUCAUCUUCCUUGGUUCUACGCUUGCGGAGGCGAUGGAGGCUGUUCGUGGUGAGAGGCUUCGCACUGAUCCUGAUUUCGAUCAUCGUUGGUAG